AUGGCUCGAUUGGAAUAUUGGCCUCAUUAUGAACUGCAAAAUUAUCUUUAUACAAUGCCAUUUGAAGCAAAAUUUGAUAUGAUACAAUCAACAAAAUGGAUGCAAGAAAAUUGGUUUCAUAGUAUCACAUCAUCUGCUGCUUAUGUAAUUUCUAUUUAUGUUGGACAAAAGGUGCUAUAUUUAUUUAUUUAUUCAUGUAAGAAUUUUUGUAAGCAUAACUUUUAUCUUUUGCAGUUGAUGGAAUCACGAAAGCCGUUUAAUCUAGACAAUUUAUUGAUAGCAUGGAAUCUAGGUUUAGCAUUAUUUUCUCUAAUAGGUGUUUGCCGAAUGACGCCAGAAUUGUUAUGGAGUGUACGGGAAAAUUCUUUUGAGUAUUCAAUUUGCACAGCCUCAUUUGCACAAGGUGUGACAGGUUUCUGGACGAAAAUGUUUGCAUUAUCCAAGUAUUUUUCUAUAUUUUCUUUGAUUGCUGAAUUUGGUGACACGGCAUUUAUUGUAUUACGGAAGCGACCAUUGCUUUUUUUACAUUGGUAUCAUCAUGUAACUGUUCUCGUCUAUACUUGGCAUGCUUACAAAGAUCAUACAGCAUCAGGGAGAUGGUUUAUAUGGAUGAAUUAUACUGUCCAUGCAUUUAUGUAUACGUAUUAUGCACUUAAAGCUAUGCGUCUUCGUCUUCCAAAAGUGGCUGCAAUGAUGGUCACAGUUUUGCAGAUUUUACAAAUGAUCGGAGGCGUUUUCAUAGGAAUCAAUAUUCUACAGAUUAAACUUUCUGGCCGUAGUUGUCAGCAGACAUGGAGCAAUUUAUAUUUUUCGUUUACGAUUUACUUUUCAUAUUUUCUUCUUUUCUGUAAUUUCUUCUACUAUACGUAUUUGAAAAAGGGAAACAGAUACCAUGCAGUGAUACCGGGUGAAAUUAGUGCUAAAAUUAAGGAUCAAGUGCAAGCCAUAAACAGACCGUAUAAUGAAAUUAGGGAAGAAAAUGAUAUGACGAUGAAAAUGAAGAAUCAUUUGAAAAAAAGAAUGGUAAAAUAA